GCCCUUCUCUGAGUACGGAGUGGUCCCACUGGAUCCAGUUCAGGCUUCAAUGGAGCUAGGGCCAGCUACGGUUCAAGAUCUGGGGUCCGCCUGCGGGUGGGGUCGCCAGGUGUCCGGCACCAAGGAGUUGAAUGCACCGAGUCAGGUUGGGGAUGGGUGGGGAACACGCGAGAAAUGAGGAACUCGGGUGGGGGACAGCCAUACACGAGCCCUGAGCAUCUGCGCCCGCAGCUGGCUCCCCCCGCCUCGGCGGAGAGCGCGAUUCAAGUGCUGGCUUUGCGUCCGCUUCCCCAACCACUUACUAGCGCAGGAGAAGGCUAUCUCGGUCCCCAGAGAAGCCUGGACCCACACGCGGGCUAGAUCCAGAGAACCUCACGACCCGGCGACGGCGACGUCUCUUUUGACUAAAAGACAGUGUCCAGUGCUCCAGCCUAGGAGUCUACGGGGACCGCCUCCCGCGCCGCCACCAUGCCCAACUUCUCUGGCAACUGGAAAAUCAUCCGAUCGGAAAACUUCGAGGAAUUGCUCAAAGUGCUGGGGGUGAAUGUGAUGCUGAGGAAGAUUGCUGUGGCUGCAGCGUCCAAGCCAGCAGUGGAGAUCAAACAGGAGGGAGACAUUUUCUACAUCAAAACCUCCACCACCGUGCGCACCACAGAGAUUAACUUCAAGGUUGGGGAGGAGUUUGAGGAGCAGACUGUGGAUGGGAGGCCCUGUAAGAGCCUGGUGAAAUGGGAGAGUGAGAAUAAAAUGGUCUGUGAGCAGAAGCUCCUGAAGGGAGAGGGCCCCAAGACCUCGUGGACCAGAGAACUGACCAACGAUGGGGAACUGAUCCUGACCAUGACGGCGGAUGACGUUGUGUGCACCAGGGUCUACGUCCGAGAGUGAGUGGCCACAGGUAGAACCGCAGCCGGAGCCCACCACUGGCCAUGCUCACUGCCCUGCUUCACUGCCCCUCUGUCCCACCCCCUCCUUCUAGGAUAGCGCUCCCCUUACCCCAAUCACUUCUGGGGGUCACUGGGAUGCCUCUUGCAGGGUCUUGCUUUCUUUGACCUCUUCUCUCCUCCCCUACACCAACAAAGAGGAAUGGCUUGCAAGAGCCCAGAUCACCCAUUCCGGGUUCACUCCCCGCCUCCCCAAGUCAGCAGUCCUAGCCCCAAACCAGCCCAGAGCAGGGUCUCUCUAAAGGGGACUUGAGGGCCUGAGCAGGAAAGACUGGCCCUCUAGCUUCUACCCUUUGUCCCUGUAGCCUAUACAGUUUAGAAUAUUUAUUUGUUAAUUUUAUUAAAAUGCUUUAAAAAAAUAAAA